AUGCAGAAUCCCGCAGACGGUCCAAAUGAAGAUGCUGCGGCGCCUAAGCCGAAGCGCGCUAGGAGGAAGCCCAAGGCCCCAGCCCGUGUCACCGAGGAGGGUGGUGAAACCGAAGGAGCAGAAGCUGGAGGCACAGUUGAUCCAGCAGAAGAACAGGGCGUCGCGACACGAAAGCGGCCCAAGAAUAUCUUGGACCAUCUCGUUUUUGAUGAUGAAGAUCGCGAAAACCCUGAGAAAACAAGGAUCAAUUCCAGCUCCAUGCCCAUGGGUGUGCUCACGAGGGACAUCUCUCUGGUUGGUACCAUAUCGCAACGAGAAGAAGCACUGUCGAAAAUUGAUUGGGAUGAAGAGAAGCGCAAGCGGAUGGAAGAGCGUGAGCGCAUUGCUUUGGGAGAAGAACAAGCUCAAACACAAGCAGAGCGAGACGAAGCGCUUGCAAGGCUUCAGGAGGCCGCCAACACUGCCGCUGCUUCUGCACAAGCUCCACAAAUGCGGGUCGUGAACGGCGUUGUGAUGCUUGAUCAUUCAUCUACACAGGUGGAUCGCAACGCACGAGCGCGCGAGGACGCCGAAGAACUUCAGGAAAUCGAAGAAGAUGAGCUCACAACCCGAGUCAAUCAAAUGUCCUGGAUCAAGGCCAAUCGCAAAGACCCGCGUGAGAGGACAAGCUGGGGCCCAACUCGUGCAGACCGGUGGUCGGAGGAGCAGACGGACAUGUUCUACGAUGCACUAAAAAUGUUUGGCACAGACUUCUUCAUCAUCAGCAAGAUGUUCCCUGGAAAAACGCGCGCGAAUGUGAAACGAAAGUUUGUUAAAGAAGAGCGGCUGGAUCCUGACCGCAUCAAGCGUGCUCUUAUCGGCGAGAGUGUUCCGAUGGACUUUGAAGAGUACAAGCGAAAGACCGGCAAAGACGACGAUUUCUUCCGUGACCCUGAGCAAUUGCGUCAAGAGCUGGCCCAAGAGACGGAGCAACAGAGACAGGAGGUGGAGGAAGCACAGGCAAGAUAUGCCGAGCAGCAGAGGCAGCGCAAGCUGGCCAAACAAGGCGGUGCAGAUGUCGACGGCGAGGAGGGUGAGGGUGGCAAGAAAGGAAGGAAGAAGAAGGGCGAAGGCAAGAAGGGUAAGAAAAGCAAGGCGCCGAUCGGUGGUGAGGAGAUCGAAGUGGUUGAGUUUGAGGGCGACGAGCUUGAACACCGAAGAUGA